AGCGUUAGCAACCUAGAGAGAGAUUUGAGAUCAUUUUAUUCCUCAUUUUCAGCUCACAGGGGCAAAGAUUUUCAUAAAUAAUGUAACCACGGUAACUCGCUUCAGAAAUCGGCUUCAUCAUUUUUCCACCAGCGACAGACCAUCACAGACCCAGAGGAGUUCAGAGACUGCCGAUUGGGUUUCCAGAUGAACAAAGUAAAUACCUUCAUUAAUUUAAGAGAACAAUGGUGAGACCGGCAGAGGGUAGCUAAACACUGUAGACAGCUGCCAAAUGAAGUUGGCAGCGUUUAGUCGACAAGUUUGUGAUUCCUCGAGGCUGAAUGAGUGACAGAGAAACUCACAAUGGCUCAAGUUCUUCACAUGGACCCUAACUUUCCAGGGAAAUGCAACCCGACCUCCCCCAGUGUCCUGCAAGGCAAGGACAAGGAGCUUCCCUACUCAGUGGAGACCCCGUACGGCUACCGGCUAGACCUGGAUUUCCUCAAGUACGUCAAUGACAUCGAGAAAGGCAACACCAUCAAGAAGGUGCCCAUCCACCGCCGGCCACGCUACAGCUCCCUCCCGCGGGGCGCUGGAUACACCGGCUCCUGGUGGACCUCCACAGAGUCCCUGUGCUCCAACGUCAGCAUGGACAGCCGCCACUCCUCCUUCUCGUAUUGCGCGCCAGGGUAUCACGGCUCCUACAGGGCUGAUACCCGACCCCCGUUCCUGGCUGGAGGCUUCAACGCCCGGGUGGAGAAGACCCUGCUGGAUGCCCGCAAGAAGCUCGAGCAGAACCAGACAGACUCCGCAGGGAGGCAGCAGCCGUUCUCCAACUUGGGGAGCAUGCAGAGCAGCGUGUCAGGGUCCGCCAGCUCCCUGGUGGGCUCCUCUCUGAACCAGUCCUACUCCAAGUCCCAGAACGGAACCCAGGGGGGCCAGUUCACUCCCAUGAGCUCUGGGCUCUCCACUCCGGUCUCCCCCACUCCGGCUCACCUUCAGCACGUCAGGGAGCAGAUGGCGGUGGCCCUGAGGAAGAUCCGGGAGCUGGAGGAGCAGGUGAAGGUGAUCCCCGUGCAGCAGGUGAAGAUCUCCGUCCUCCAGGAGGAGAAAAGGCAGCUGAGCGUCCAGCUCAAGAGCCAGAAGUUCUUGGGGCACAGCAUGAGUUUUGGGAAGCCCAGACCCAGGGGGGAGCUUUACAUUGACAUCCCGGAAGAGGACAGCCCUGGAGGAGGGGGCAAGGUCUUGUCACCAACAUUUGCCGACACUUCACGCCAGGAUUCCGGGUGCGAGAUCGAGGAUACGGUUAUCGUGGGCGGCGCCAGGCAGCUGGGGCAGAUGGGCGGCAGGAAGGAAGUGAGGUCGGUGGGCGUGGGAACGGAAGCAGUAGAAGAGGGAAGAGGAUGUGCGAAGGAUGGUGGAAGUUCGAAGGCGGUUGACGUGAGGCAUGUAGGCAUAGCGGUGAAGGAGCAGGACCUGGGGCUUUCCUCAGAGGCUACCCAAGCUCAGGUGGAGCAGCAGCGGCAGAACACUGAAGGCCUGAAGACCAAGAUGAUGGUUCUGGAGACCCAGCUGAGGAAGGCCCUGCAAGAGCUCAAGACUGCCCAUCAAAGGCUGGAGCAGCAGGGCAAGGAGAUGGCAGAGAGGGGCAAGGAUGCCAAGCUGUCCAUGGCCGACGCGGUUAUCAUGACCAGCGUUGGGUGGCAGGAUCUUCAGGAGACCAGCAACAAGAUAGGGCGCCCGGGGGAAGCUCCAGGACUCCAGACAGUGGUCUCCUUCAACCAGCAGCCCCAGAAGAAGGAACAGAGGACGGUGGGGAUCCAGGUUUAUACCCUGGAGCAGCCAACGGUGGUGGGACUGAGGAAGUGCCAAGAGGUGGCCCUCGCGGCGGAUCAAGCAGCGUUUGCGCACAGGCCGAUGAGAGCUGAAGCCCCAGCUGCCUGCAGUGUCCCGGACGUUGUUACGAGCGCGCCUCCCGGAGUUCUGGAAAGCGGGGCGCACAGCAGAGCCCAGGAGGAAGCCAGGUCGUCCGCGGGAGUGCCAUACAUUGUUUACAGGAGCAACGAGACCGUAGAGACCACCUUUCCCGUUCAUGGACAGGCAGUCGCACUGACUGGGAGCCACCAGGUGAAGAUCAGCCUGAGGAGCGGAGAGGGAGAGGGGGAGGCGAGGAGCACGGAGGGGACUGCAGGAGUACCAGACACGUCCCCUGAGCUGCCAAUCGCCAUCUGCUCCAGAGAGGUGCGCGAGGUCCUUCCGAAGUGUGAGGUGUCCUCCUCGGUGCCCGUCUCAAGCCCGGCAGUCGUCAUGGAGACAGUCAGCGCCGUCCAGCUUGUAUCCAAUCAGCAAGCGCCUCUGUGUCAAAGGUUAAAGGAAGUCGAAGCGGAGAACGAAGCGCUCAUGAAUGCAGCGGCAGGGAGCGAGGAGGUGCAGGAGCCAGAUUCUCCCCCGGCGAGUCUGAAAUCGAUCAUGAAGAGGACAGACCAGCUCGGCCCCUCCGAUUCCCCCACCACCAAGAAGAACCUGCAGUUUGUAGGAGUCAAUGGAGGCUACGAGUCCACCUCCUCAGAGGAGUCCAGCUCAGAGUCCAGCUCGGAGGAGAACGUGAGCUCAGAGAGCGAGUACCAUGAGGCCAACGAGCGACUCACUGAGGCUGGGACACAGGCGCAGGGGAGUAAGGACCAAACCAUCCCCACACAGGACCACCCUGCCCCUGCGCCUGCCCCAGCCCCUGCGCCUGCCCCUGCCCCUGCCCAGGCAGUGUGCAAGGAAGAGUCUCCUCAGACCCUGCGAGAGAGUCAGACCACCCCCACGCCAGACAACCCCUCCCCACAGGAGAAGGAGGAGGAGAAGGGGAGGGAGGGGACAGAGGGCAGCAGCGUUGAGCUGAGUGAGAGCCUGGUCACAGCCUGUACGGUCCUGCAGAAAGCUCUGGGGGAGCCUAAUGCAUUCAGCCACCAAGAACCGAGGGCGGCCUACACCGCAGUGCUGCAGGAGUGGCUGCGUGUUUCCUGUCACAAGGCAGCCAAUCCGGAAGUGGUUCGCCAGCACAUGGCGGUGUUCAGGGCCCUGUCACCGCAGCUGCUGGCGUUUAUCGUCAACAUGGCCGAUGGCAACGGCAACACAGCCCUCCACUACACCGUGUCACACUCCAACUUCCCUGUGGUCAAGCUGCUGCUGGACACAGGUCUCUGUAACCCAGACAAGCAGAACAAGGCAGGCUACACUGCUAUCAUGCUGACUGCCCUGGCUGCCUUCCGCUCCGAGUGUGAUCUGGAGACGGUCAUGCAGCUCCUCAGGAUGGGAGACGUCAACGCCAAGGCCAGCCAGGCGGGACAGACAGCCCUGAUGCUGGCGGUGAGUCACGGUCGGAUCGAUAUGGUGCGCGCCCUGCUGGCGAGCGGAGCACACGUGAACCUGCAGGACCACGACGGCUCCACGGCGCUCAUGUGCGCUUGUGAGCACGGACACGUGGACAUCGUGAAGCAGCUGCUGGCAGUGCCGGGCUGUGACGCCACGCUCACGGAUAACGAUGGCAGCUCAGCCCUGUCCAUCGCUCUGGAAGCCAGUCAGAAUGACAUCGCCGUCCUCCUCUAUGCCCAUCUCAACUUUGCCAAGCCCCCCUCCCCGGUGGCCCAGAAGUCACUACUUGGGACAAGUCCACCCGCUGAGGCAAAGUAACUUGGGAGGGUUUGGGAUUACCCUGCCCUAGGGGGGAACUGCUUUGAUUUCUUACAUACUAUAAUAAUAUAAUGAUCUCCUGUCUUCCAAAAUGAACUGCUCUGAAAUGGAGACCUUCUCAACUGCGUGGCUUCCAAGACUUCCGCUAAGCAGCCAUGGCUCUGGAUCAAUUCUGAAUAAAGAUGUCCUUUAUCGGUCCGUCCAGCUCGAUUUUAACAACUCCUUACAGAUUCCUGUAACCUCUGCAAUAUUCUGUACCAGGGGUGGUCAAAGUCAUCCCUUCCACUCCUGGUCUUUGUUCCAACGCUGUUCUAAAUUGUUUAAUUGAACCAAUUAAACCACUCCAUCCAGAAGUAGUUCAUUAUGUCAUUUUAGGUGUUAAACCUGGAGUGGAAAGGCUGUCCAGGACGGCGAUUGGACACCCCUGUAUCCCUAUCCCUCUCAAUCAGGACGUAUCUGUUUCUGACACUACACAGCACUAAACACUGCACCGUACAAACUGCUGAAACUGAAGGACGCAGUCGUUUGUCUAAAAGUUAGUGGCGGGGAGGAAGUUAGGAAGAUGGACUGCUUUGCAGAUUGGUGGCACUGUGGUUUCUAUAGAAAAGUUGCUUGUCAUUUUAGAAAAAUGUAUUAGAUUUUGUAUUAAAUGUGCUCCCAUUUCUAUCCGUUUUUACAUGUUAAAGUAUAAUAUUUAAGAAAUAAAACACACACACACACAACGACCCAGUUUAAUUCCAGCAAGGAGAUGGUUUGAUAUUUCUUUUUAAAUUUCGACAUUUCACUGCAGCUGAACCGUGUCUAUCGUUACACACGCCACACAGCUAUGUAAACGUCAGUCUGGAAGUCGCAGCCCCCUUUUUCCAGGAACCCCGGAACUGCACCUUCAUGAAACCUCUUUAAAGUGAAUUUAGGGUUUGGGCAACAUUUAGGACAGGGAACACUGCUGUUGGUUUUAAAGGAUUUUGAUCGGAGACCCCUUCUUUAUUUAAUGAGGUUAUUUUGUUUUACAAGGUCCUACCUUCUUUAUGCUUCUUUUGCUCCUUGAUACUCGCUUUCAACAUCAGUUUUUUUACAUGCAGACUGGCGCGCUAUUGUACAAUGUUUUACAGUAUGUGAAAAUAUAUACCAAAUAACGCAAUCAAUAAAUACAUAAUUACAAUAUUAUACUUUUAUUUAAAAUCAAAACUACAUAAAAAUACAAGCCAAAUAAAAUGGAGAAGCAAUAUAAGCUGUUUUAUAAGCUUUUUUUUUUUUUUUUAAGGUUUAAAACACUACUUUUUAAUUUUAUUCAAAAACUUUCCUACACUUAGUUUAAGAUUAGUACUGAUGUAUAAUCUGAAUACUUUAUAUUUGUAUUAUUUAACUGAUAUAUAUAAAACCCUAGACUGUUUAUUGUAUGGUAUUUUUGUAUUUUAUUGAACGUUCACUAUUUCUUUGUAAUUUUUCCUGUUUUUACUUGUGUCUUUUCAGAAUUGUGCAGAAAAAAAGUUUUUCUCCUGUGUAUAAAAUGAACUGUACAUUUCACACUUCAGAGUUCCUUUUUCUUAUGUCAGAUCGUUGUUUUCCCCAAAUAAGGCGACUUUUCUUAUAUUUAAUUACAUUUUUUAACUGUGUGUCUUCUCAUUAAUAGACGUUUCACAGACUCUGAUUAGCACUCAUUUAGAACAAAAGAUUGUAAGAACAUUUACGAGCGAGAGGAGGCCAUUCGGCCUGUCUGUGCUCGUCCGGUUCCUAGCAGCUGAUUGAUCUCAGAACUUUGUCAAGUCGGGUCUUAAAGGAUCCCAGUGAGGAGUAGAGGCAGGCCAGAUCCGCUGAAAUUUUCAGUAGAUAUCUGUGAAGUGUUCUGCGGACCAUCCUUCGUGUUUAGUAUUUGUAUUAAUAAUACAUUAUAAAAUUGUCAAUCAAGUAAACAGAAUCAUAUCAAACACUUUAUGGGUUAAGCGCUUCCAAUUUAAUAUAGCAAGCACCUUUGUCAGUAGAAUCUUUAGAAACUGUCGAAACAAAACCAUCACGUCUCAUUAGACUUUAUAUUGGCCACAUUUCCAAAGCCUCAACGCCAGUCUUAAAAUGAACUCCUGCUUUUUGAUGGACAUUUUGAAUCAAUAAAAGCAAUAACACUGGUUCAUGUUGAUGUUGAUGUUGAUAAACCUUAUCUGCUUAUUCAGACUCUAGUCCUGUGCUGCACACUGAGGCCGGGAACCAGCCAAGAUUGACCUUAAAUCAAAUCUCACAUAUCAGUUUGAUUUUGCGGGUUGUACAAUGACUGUCGCGGGUCUGCAGGUUUUAAUGUCAAUUUGCAGGUCUGACCAGCGAAAUACAGUCACUUGGGUGGUCUGGAAGCCUAUUAGGAAAAUAUAAAACAGAGCAAAUGUGGAUCACCGGAAAUAACAGUACUAUUUCUAUAUUUAAAAACCUGUUUGUAGAUUAAAUUGGGCCUCCAUGUUUGGGACAAUACGUUUACAACACGCCUGGUUGGGACUGUCUCUUAUGACAUUACUGUAAAUUGUUUUUUGAAUGUUCCUGCUCUGUUACAAAUCACACACACACACACACACACAAUCACACACACACAAUCACACAGACAUACAACUUUAUAUAAGUUGAGAAACACCACAACAUCAAAAGAGUACAUUUGAAAAAAAAAAAAAAGAAGAUUUAUUAUAUUAAAACAAGGCAUCACAUUUUCAGAUACAAAGCAGCAUAUUUGUAUUAUUCUUAUAAUUACCAGUAUUUCUUUCUUCCUUUUUUACAUACAAUCAAACUGAGUCAACGCUGAAUUGUCGGUAUAAAAAAAAAAAAAAAAAAAAGUCUAGGUAAACAGAACUUGUCUUUUUGUGCUCAGGGUAGCUGGUAGCAGUAGAGAAGUGCAAUGGCUUAACUGUAGAGAGAGAGGACACAGCUACUCCGAGCUGGUUUGAAAACGAACAAAAACGCAGAUGGAAAAAUGCUGUAGCUCAACAGCUGUGCCGUUUUUCCUUGAGUGGGUUUGAGAGACAGUAAGCGGACAGGCACUGAGACACAUUCAAUGCAGAAUAAAGUGAGGCUGUUUAUCUUGUCGGGAAGCAACAAGCCUGAAAUGAAGAGGGAAAAGAAAGCGUUUACUUUUUUUCUUUGUUGAAUUGGACGACGCUUGUGAAUGCAGGGUGUAGUGGAGUGUUGAGUGGGGUUCUAUUUGCUCUAGUACUAGAGCGCUCUGCAGUGCUGAGUGGAGUUCUCUUUCCUAUACUACUGCAGCGCUCUGCAGUGUUGAGUGGAGUUCUCUUUCCUAUACUGCUGGAGCACUCUGCAGUGUUGAGUGGAGUUCUCUUUCCUAUACUAUUAGAGCGCUCUGCAGUGUUGAGUGGAGUUCUCUUUCCUAUACUGCUAGAGCGCUCUGCAGUGUUGAGUGGAGUUCUCUUUCUUAUACUACUAGAGCGCUCUGCGAUGUUGAGAGGAGUUCUCUUUCCUAUACUACUAGAGUGCUCUGCAGUGUUUAGUGGAGUUCUCUUUCCUAUACUACUAGAGCGCUCUGCAGUGUUUAGUGGAGUUCUCUUUCCUAUACUACUGGAGCACUCUGCAGUGUUGAGUGGAGUUCUCUUUCCUAUACUACUGGAGCGCUCUGCAGUGUUUAGUGGAGUUCUCUUUCCUAUACUACUAGAGCGCUCUGCAGUGUUGAGUGGAGUUCUCUUUCCUAUACUACUAGAGUGCUCUGCAGUGUUUAGUGGAGUUCUCUUUCCUAUACUACUGGAGCACUCUGCAGUGUUGAGUGGAGUUCUCUUUCCUAUACUACUAGAGCGCUCUGCAGUGUUGAGUGGAGUUCUCUUUCCUAUACUACUAGAGUGCUCUGCAGUGUUUAGUGGAGUUCCCUUUCCUAUACUACUGGAGCACUCUGCAGUGUUGAGUGGAGUUCUCUUUCCUAUACUACUAAAGCGCUCUGCAGUGUUGAGUGGAGUUCUCUUUCCUAUACUACUAGAGUGCUCUGCAGUGUUUAGUGGAGUUCUCUUUCCUAUACUACUGGAGCACUCUGCAGUGUUGAGUGGAGUUCUCUUUCCUAUACUACUAGAGCGCUCUGCAGUGUUGAGUGGAGUUCUCUUUCCUAUACUACUAGAGCGCUUUGCAGUGUUGAGUGGAGUUCUCUUUCCUAUACUACUAGAGCGCUCUGCAGUGUUGAGUGGAGUUCCCUUUCCUAUACUACUAGAGCGCUCUGCAGUGUUGAGAGUGGAGUUCUCUUUCCUAUACUACUAGAGCGCUCUGCAGUGUUGAGUGGAGUUCUCUUUCCUAUACUACUAGAGCGCUCUGCAGUGUUGAGAGUGGAGUUCUCUUUCCUAUACUACAGAGCGCUCUGCGGUGUUGAGUGGAGUUCUCUAUCAUCAGGUUAUGGGGUACACAAUGGGGUACAGUCCUCACCUCUACACAGAGCUACUGCAGCGGUCCACACAGGGUCUCCGGGGAUCUUCAUUGUCGUUGAAAGGUGGGUUUCCCUUUUUUUGCUUCGACACGUCUGAAAACACAAAGCAGUUACCUCAGGAAUAGAAAUAAGACUCCCAUUGCAUAGCAGUUUGAUGCAUCAGUAAGACACACGUGAGCAUGUUACCUAUACACUGGAGCUAAUCAAGUUGUAGUAAAACCUGGAAUGGGUGAAACUGCUAUGCAAUAGGAGUCUUGAUUCCAUUGCUGGUACCUGCCAGAUAUUUCACAGUGGCAACAGCCGAGUGUAAUGAGUCGAAGGCGAGUUGGCAAAAGACGAGGUCAGUUAUCUAGCAGGUACUAACCGCUGUGAAGGGUGUUAAUGCUAUUAUAUACCAAACAAAUGUUUUUGGUUUUUUUUGUGUGUGUGUGAAGACAUUUUGCUAGUUUUUGUUAGCUUUAGAGUGAUAACGAACUUUGUGGGUAAAAUGCAACAUUACCUUGAAGCCAUGAGCACUUUCACGAAAUACUGUACAUACUUUAAUGCUAACUUAUGGGCUAUGCAUUAACUAGUCUUACAUUUGAACUGCAAUGUUACUUUCGAUAAAUGUACAAAAAGUUGGUCUCACAAUAAAAACAAUAAAUGAU